GGUCUGCAAGCUUCACUGUUUCGCGCCGCCUCUAGUCUUGCUUCAAUGGGCACUCGCUCCGUCUCCACCGGAGUAGCUUCGGGUUCAGGCCAUGGAUCGCCGCAUCCUCCUGACGGCCAGGCUUCCGGAACCUCAGAGCUCGACCAGCCAGACGAGCUAUUGCUUGAGGCCGUGGCCCGAGCCACUGCAAACGCGUCAGUCAAUAGCAUCCUUUCGCGUCCUGUUUGGCGUUGGUUUCCGUCAGAUGAUGCAGCCGGUUGGCCAACGGGCACAGUUCCAAUUAAGCGCGUUUGUUUGAGCGCUCAGGAACAGGUCUUGUCGGAUGUCAUGCAGGAGGCCUUGCAACGACAUGCCAGUGGCAUCGACUUUAUAGAGCGCAACGCAGGGUCAUCGAUUGAUGAGCACAUGAAUCAAGAAGGGUUUCAUGCUUCUCUUCUACUUAGCCACCUUAGAUAA